AUGGAGUCCAAUCUUGACGACGAGAUCGCAGAUCUCCAAGCAAAAGUCUCCUCCCUCAAAACCCAACUUCGCGUCCACACCUCCACCCUCAUCACCGCCCCCUCCACACGCCAGCUCCUCACCCAACAACAGCCCCAACAAAAGAGCAGCAAAUCAACCCAAGACACCCAGAACCGUGACCGCGACCGCCUCACCAACUCCGCAGACCAACACCAAGCCCACGCCCAACAAUGUCUCUACCGCGCCUGUGCCAGCCUAACCACCUUCCGCGCUCGCGACCCAGACCCCCAUGCUGUAGACGGCGGUGCUGUGCUGGGUUUGCGCAUUGAGGUUGUCAGUCGGUCGCGGUUUUUGCGGCCUUAUUAUGUACUGUUGAAUCGGCCGUAUCAGAACCAGACCCAAGGCCGGGGGCGUGGGCGUGAGAGCGGGAGCAGGCGACUGCGUGUGCAUAGGCAUACGAUCCCGAGUUGUGUACCGCUUGCCGGGUUGGCGGCGAGGUAUUUACCUGGGCCUGCGGCGAAGAAGGCCGUCUCCGGGGGAGAAAAGGGUGGAGACGGGGAUAGGGCAAAAGACCAAAGGAGGGGGAAGGAGCAAGAUCUGGCGCGGUUUGCGAGGGCGCUGAGGAGGGAGUUGGUGAGGUAUCAUCACCGGUUGGGGGUUGUGGCGGAUUUGAGGAAGGCGGCUGAGUUGGGGAUUGAGAAAGACGCUGAGAGGGAUGCUGAGAGAGGUGAAGAGGAAGAAAUCACAGAAGGGGAAUCUACACUGGAGAGGCGGCGGAACAGGCUGGUGGAUAUCACGCCUGCGGAUGCUGGCGCGAAACAGCUUACGAUUGAGUGGGCGGAUGGGCGGACUGGGCGGCUGGUUAUGAGUGAUGAUGGGGAUAUUGUCAAGUUGGUGGUGCUUGGGGAUAAUGGAAGGGACUGGGCCGCGGGGAGGGAUUUGCUGGGGGGUGCUACUCGGGUGGAGGAUGUGAUUAAGCGGUUGACGGCGCUUGCGUGA